AUGUUCUCAAUCAACUUCACCUUCCUCCUCCUUGCGCUCUCGCCAAUCGCGACUCUCGCAGCUCCUCGUCCUCAUCCUGAAAUCACCUCUUACACCCUUCCUGGAAACAAUACCUUCCCCGAAGGUGUAAGCCGCCAGCCCAACUCACCUUAUUUCUAUUCCGGGUCUAUCACCACAGGUACACUCUACCGUGGUAAUAUCUACACUCCAGAAAUGGAAGUUUUCAUUCCCAACACCCCAAGCACCUGUCUCGCCGGAAUCAAAGUCGACGACCAGUACCGCCUUUAUGGCGCUGGCUGCACCAGUGGUUCCGUCUUUGUCUAUGAUGUUAAUACUCGCGAUUUACUUUACACGUUUACCGUAUCUUAUAACGGGAGCUUUUUGAACGAUCUCGCGAUUGCAGAUGAUGGGUCCGUGUAUAUCAGUGAUUCAUACCUCCCAUACUUGCUCUACAUCACCCCCGAUCAGCUCGCUGCGGAAGAAAAAGAACAGGAACUGAAGGUCUAUACCAAACUUGAUGCGGUGAUUCCUUAUACAUACGCGGCCGGUGUCUCUGUCGGAAAUGGGAUUGCCGUGACAAAGGAACAGGAAUACGUCAUAUUGGGAAGCUGGGAAGGCAGAGCCAUUUACCGUAUCUCUUUGGAUGACAGCAAGGAAAUUUCUCCUAUCGAUUUGGGCGGGAAAACGAUUGGCAAAGUUGACGGUCUACUCCUCCGGGGCAAGACUCUCUACUCCGUUAACUCCGGCUGGGAUCUUGGGCUCUUUAUCGAUGUGAUCGAGAUCGAGUACCCGUACCUUGAGGCGACACCGGUGGGGACUCUCACGAGUGAUUUGUUCUAUGGGCCUGCGACUGCGGCAUUUGAUGGGGAUGAUUUGUUGGUUACGAAUUUCCAAGUGAACUUGCCAAACCCACAUCUGCCCUUUGAUAUUGUUAGGAUACCACUGUAUCAGAAGGCAUGA